AAUCACAGAAUUGCCCUUUGUACAUUAUAGUGCACACUUAUAUAAGAACUUCGCUAGGGUUUUUGUUGAACUUCUCUCUGGGUAGAAGCCGCAAGAAGCAGGAAAAGAAGACUCUCUCUCAGGUCGAAGGAAGAAAAAUGUCUCACAGGAAGUUUGAGCAUCCCAGACACGGUUCCCUUGGAUUUCUUCCAAGGAAGAGAGCUGCUCGUCACAGAGGAAAAGUGAAGGCUUUCCCUAAGGAUGACCCAACCAAGCCCUGCAAGCUCACUGCUUUCUUGGGUUACAAGGCUGGUAUGACUCACAUUGUUAGAGAAGUCGAAAAGCCCGGAUCCAAACUUCACAAGAAGGAAACUUGUGAGGCUGUGACAAUUAUUGAGACUCCUCCAAUGGUUGUUGUUGGAGUCGUUGCUUACAUUAAGACUCCUCGAGGUCUUCGUUCUUUGAACACUGUCUGGGCACAGCAUUUGAGUGAGGAGGUCAGAAGAAGAUUCUACAAGAACUUUGCCAAGUCUAAGAAGAAGGCUUUCACAAAGUACUCAAAGAAGUACGAGACUGAUGAUGGAAAGAAAGAUAUCCAAUCUCAAUUGGAGAAAAUGAAGAAAUACGGAACUAUCAUCCGUGUUUUGGCACACACCCAGAUCAGGAAAAUGAAGGGUUUGAAACAAAAGAAGGCACACCUUAUGGAAAUCCAGGUCAAUGGAGGAUCCAUUGCUGACAAGGUUGACUUUGCUUAUGGUUUCUUUGAGAAGCAAGUCCCAAUUGAUGCUGUUUUCCAGAAGGAUGAGAUGAUUGACAUCAUUGGUGUGACCAAGGGUAAAGGUUACGAGGGUGUUGUUACUCGUUGGGGUGUCACCCGUUUGCCUCGUAAGACUCACAGGGGUCUCCGAAAGGUUGCUUGUAUUGGUGCAUGGCAUCCUGCUAGGGUCUCCUUCACUGUUGCUAGGGCUGGUCAGAAUGGUUACCAUCACCGUACUGAGAUGAACAAGAAGAUCUACAAGCUUGGCAAAACUGAGCAGGAAUCUCAUACAGCUAUGACCGAGUUCGACAGGACUGAGAAGGACAUCACUCCUAUUGGUGGGUUCCCUCACUACGGUAUUGUGAAGGAUGAUUACCUGUUGAUUAAAGGGUGCUGUGUUGGGCCAAAGAAGAGGGUAGUUACUCUCCGACAGUCGUUGUUGAAGCAGACCUCUCGUUUGGCUCUUGAGGAGAUCAAGCUCAAGUUUAUUGAUACCUCAUCCAAAUUCGGACAUGGUCGUUUCCAGACCACACAAGAGAAGCAAAAGUACUAUGGGCGCGUCAAGGCUUGAGUAUAGGAGAAUCUUUAACUAUUUUGAGCAACAAGUUAGUUAUUCUAAGGUUAUCUGUUUUAAAGACCUAUUUGAUAGUGUUCAAUUGGAGAGAGCUCCCUUGUUCUUUUUCCUUUUGAGUGGGUAGUGAGGUUUUUGACUCUUUGGAGGCCUAGGAACCUUCAGUUUUCAUUGCUGAACAAGUUUUAGUUUUUCCCUUAGUUAUAUGAUGAAUGAAUCGGAUAAUUUUGGUCUAUUAUAUUUUUGUUACUUCUUUUCA